CCCAAACCCCUCCUGAUCAAUUGCUUCAUCACUUUCUAUUUAAUUCAUAAUUGUUCCAAACCCUGUCGAUUUCUUCUCCACAUUCGUUCAUCAUUUUCUUGCUGCUUUCCUAACAAUCUCUUUGCCUAUUGGGUUGGUGAAGUCUGUCUUUGAUUUUGGUGAAGUGAGGAAAUAAUGGCCUCUGGAGUGAUUUUGAGAAGGAGAAAGACUCUUUCAGAUUACUUGAGUCUCUCCCUUCGCUCUAUUCAAACUUUCCAUACAUCUGGUUGUGGUCAAUCUUGCUCUCCUAGCUACGCCUCCAUCACAGACCACAAUCCUCAUAACAUAGAUCUAUUGAGAGAAAAACAGAAGACUUCAACUUUGUGCAAGAAACCACUGAAUCCUGUAGCCUUAGGGGUCUGUAGUCCUAAAGCUUAUGAAAUUACAGCUCUAAGAUAUGGGAAUGUAAGGUUGGAUUUCAACUGCCUGAUGGGUGCUAGGAUGAUAUCACAAUCUAGAUGUUAUGCUUCAACAGCAACUGCAAGGCAGCCUGACCCAAGAAAUGAUGAUGAGGAUAUUGAAGAAAUGACUGCAAAAAGGAAAAAAGAAGCUUCUCCUGAAGAAUGUGAUCAGGCUGGUGGCCUAAGUACUGCAAAAGCCAAAGCCAAAGCUAAAAAACUGCAUGAAUCUCAGAUUACUGUUAAGCCGAUCUUAAAGAAACUAUGGGCCACAUUUUUAGGUAUUGGUCCAGCUCUGAGGGCCGUGGCUUCCAUGAGCAGGGAAGACUGGGCCAAAAAACUCGUACACUGGAGAAGUGAGUUUGUAUCAACACUAAAACAUUACUGGCUAGGAUUUAAACUUCUAGGGGCUGACGUGAGGAUCAGUUCGAGAUUAUUAAUGAAAUUGGCUGGUGGAAGAAGUCUCUCCAGAAGGGAGAGGCAACAACUUACAAGAACUACUGCUGAUGUUUUUAGGCUAGUCCCAGUAGCUGUUUUCAUCAUCGUUCCUUUCAUGGAAUUUUUGUUGCCUGUUUUCCUCAAGCUCUUCCCUAACAUGCUACCUUCAACCUUCCAGGAUAAGAUGAAAGAAAAGGAAGCACUAAAAAGAAGGUUGAAAGCCAAAAUAGAAUAUGCCAAGUUUCUCCAAGAGACUGUCAAAGAAAUGGCAAAAGAAGUCCAAACUUCAAGGAGUGGAGAAGUUAAGAGAACAGCUGAAGAUCUUGAUGGGUUUCUGAACAGGAUUAGAACUGGUGCUCGCGUCUCAAAUGAUGAAAUUCUAGGAUUUGCUAAGUUGUUCAAUGAUGAACUCACUCUAGAUAAUAUCAGCAGGCCUCGUUUAGUUAAUAUGUGCAAGUAUAUGGGAGUGAGCCCUAUCGGGACCGAUGCUUAUUUGCGGUAUAUGCUUCGGAAGAGAUUGCAGAGCAUAAAAAAAGAUGACAUAAUGAUCCAAGCAGAGGGCGUAGAAUCUCUAUCAGAGGCAGAGCUUCGUGAAGAUUGUAGAGAGAGGGGUAUGCUUGGGGAGUUUUCAGUGGAGGAAAUGCGUCAACAGUUGCGAGAUUGGCUAGAUUUGUCUCUGAAUCACUCUGUUCCAUCCUCACUUUUAAUUCUUUCCAGAGCCUUCACUGUGACCGGAAGGAUGAGGCCAGAGGAAGCAGUUCAAGCUACUUUGUCCUCACUUCCAGAUGAGGUUGUGGAUACUGUGGGUGUUACGUCAUUGCCAUCUGAAGAUUCUCUUGCAGAAAGGAGGAGGAAGCUGGACUACCUUGAAAUGCAGGAGGAACUUAUCAAGGAGGAGGAAGAGAAACAGGAAGAAGAAUUAGUCAGGAAAAAUGAAUCUGCUGAUGCGGAAGUUGAUGUUGCUUUGAAAGAGAUGAGCAAUCCGAUGGCAAGAGAAGCACAAGAGCAAGCUAGAGCUAGAGCUCUGGAUAAACAAGAACAGCUUUGUCAACUUAGUCGCGCAUUAGCUGUUUUGGCUUCUGCAUCGUCAGUGAGCAGGGAGCGUGAAGAGUUCCUGAGGCUUGUGAAUAGUGAGAUUAAGCUAUACAAUAGCAUGGUGGAUAGAGAUGGAACAGAUGGCGAAGAGCAGGCAAAGAUGGCAUAUAAAGCUGCUCGGGAUGAAAGCAAGGAUGAUGCUGAAGUUCCUGAACAGAACAAUGUUUCAUCUGCUCUUGUUGAUAAGGUAUGUCUCUCCCUAGCAGUCCAUAAGAAGUAA